AUGGGUCAGAUCGCAUUCGCUUGCAACCGAAGGAACAACGCCAUGCAGCAUCGCAACGGUCUCAUGACUCGCGCAUGUGGAGCGAACGACCGAUUGACAAUGUUUCUGUACGAUUGCGGCUUGACGACAUCUCGCUGGGCGACUCUCCAGGCAGCUGCGAGCUUGACGAAGGCGAAUUCGACGGAACUGAAGGAGAUUGGCUCGAACAAGUACUUCCAUGUGACCGUUGACAACAUCGACGUCACACGUCACGUCAAUGAUCGGCAAUUUGAUCGACGAACCGAGUUGCUUCAUCGAACUUUUGGUUACGCCCACAUUCAGAACGGAGAUAUUGCCGGCGCUUACAACCUUCGAGCCUACUCUGCACAUCAAGCGUCUUUACCGCGAGUCAAUCUCCAGCAUCUCCUCCCAACUCCCCAAUCCGACUCGUCAUCUACAACCGGGAUAAAAGCUCAGAUAUAUCGAGCGCUUGCUCGACUGGUCCUUCAUCUUGGCCUCAGUCUUCUUGAUGCACACCACCCCCCUGUCCUCGUCAUAGACGGGCAAUUUGACGUGCUCUCGAAAGGUCUUGUGAUUGGGGUCGUCCAACUGCCUGUACAGCUCGCCGUCUCUCCAGGUCUCCUCAGAUACGACAAUCGCGUUCUUUCCCUUUCAAUUGAGAUUGGCAGCCUGAAAGAAGCAUGUGACUGCGGAAAUCAGCACGAAUGUCGGUCCAGCAAGCCCAGUCGGCAGAAAAACUCACCUGAUGAUUGCUCAGUGCAUUCAGUGGAAUGA